AGUUAAUGUUUUUCAGUGAAUGAGUAGAGUCUAGUUAAAUUUUGUAUCGAAUUGAUUGGAAAAGAAAGGGAAAAAAUGAAAUUGACGGUGAAGGUUUUCGUAAUUUUGCUGUUUUCGAUGUCAAUUAACUUAAUAAAAGCAGCACCACAAGAAAAAUCCGACGAUGUUUGUGAUGAAACCACUGAACCUGUGCCAUCUUCUGGUAUUCCCAACUCGUGUGGUGAUAGAUUAGGCGCAUGUAUGGAAUGGUGCAAUCCAAUUAUCAGACAUUCUAAUCAAGAUGAAUGUCCAGAUGGAACUUUUUGUUGUAUUCUCGUUACAUAAAAACAUAAAUUAAGAAUUGUUAAAUAUACAUUUAAUAUGCUGAUGAUUGUCUACGUAAUUUUGAAUCAUUAAUGUCAAAUAAAUGUCUAUUAAAAAGCAAUGUAGAUUACAA